UGCAGGGUGUGCUGCCGAGGUGAGCGUUUCUCCACUUAGGAAAAUGCUGAUGAGCAGCUGUGGAUUUCCAAAAGUUUUUAUCCCAACACCAGCUUCACCUUCAAUAAUCGAGCAGAAAGACGGCAGCUGGAGCAGCCAAAACCUGUUGGUUUGUCCCAGAUAUUAAGAUGAGCGCAGACACGGUGGAGCAGUCGGAGGUUCAAGCUGAACAGGCAGAGCAAAACGGGAUCGACUUCAAUCGACAGAUAAAGACUGAGGAUAUCCACGACUCGCCUCAUUCGGGCUCCGCACUGAAGACAUGCCACCUGACGCAGAGCUCGCCAAUGUCAGGAGGUCAGCUGACUGGGGAGCUCACAUCACUGCACACCAUGCAGCAGCUGGUCCUGAUGCCCCCGUCUCACCUGUCAUCUCCCUCCCCCUUCCUGCUCUCCCAGAGCCCCACCAGCCACCAAGCCCUUCUGCAGCAGAACCUGCUGUCCCUUCCUAGCCAGAGUCAAACUGGUCUCCUUCAGCACCAGCCUGGACUGGCUCUGACUCCACAGGCUAUGAGUCGCUCUGGUCUGGUAGGACCUUCUAUGGAGAACCACAUGGACAUGUCCCACCUGCAGAUGCCCAAACACAUGUCGAUACCACCACAAGAAGAACCCAGUGACCUGGAAGAGCUGGAACAGUUUGCUAAAGCAUUCAAACAAAGACGCAUCAAACUGGGCUUCACGCAGGGAGAUGUGGGCCUCGCCAUGGGAAAACUGUACGGGAACGACUUCAGCCAGACCACAAUCUCUCGCUUCGAGGCUCUCAACCUCAGCUUCAAAAACAUGUGCAAGCUCAAACCUCUGCUGGAGAAAUGGCUGAGUGAUGCAGAGAGCUCACCUUCCGACUCCCUGAACAACCCGGCCUCCCUGCCGCCCCUGAUCGAGGGCUACGGACGCAAACGGAAAAAGAGGACGAGCAUCGAAACGAACAUCAAGCUGACUCUGGAGAAGCGUUUCCUUGACAACCCCAAGCCCAACUCCGAGGAGAUAACCCUGAUCUCAGAGCAGCUGUCCAUGGAGAAGGAGGUCGUCAGAGUUUGGUUCUGCAAUCGGCGUCAGAAGGAGAAGAGGAUCUACUGCCCGGUGGCUAGUCUGUCGGUCAAAUCGCACAGCUACAACUCCAGGAUGGCCUCGGCAUCCAGACCCUACAGCCCUCUGGCUUCAGGUGGAGUUUCAUCAAAUUCCUCUCCAAACAGUGUGAGCCGUGAAGCUUCCCCCAACGGUCUGUCGACUGUCUCUGCCUCUUUAACGUCUCAGGUCAACCCAGCCUCGUACAACACAGCGGGGUCCUGGUACCGCACAUGGAAUCCUGCUGCAUAUCAUCACUGAGAAACACGAACUGUAUCACAUGAAGCUUUUGAAGAUUGUUUUGUUCGAGAAGGAUGUACACUGAAGAUGUGGCGCAGUAACGCAAUAUCCCUGUUUUGUACAGGGUUACAACUACAGGCUAAACCUUAGAUGGACCCAUAAGACAAAGCAGAAGCACGAGCAGAGGACUGCAACGCACCACAACAGCUGUUAACACUCAGCGUCGGCAGCCUCGAGCUGUUUGAUUUGUGUUCAGGUGACUCUUUACUCUGCAUAUUAUCACCUGCAAAUAUGAAGAAUAGACAAAACACGCAUGACAGACCCUGGUGGGAAUGUUCCAGCCUGUGUGUAUGUUUAAGCCUUGGAUUUCUAACUGCCAAGACUCAAAAAACCUGUUUGAAUGUUGAAGGAUUCGGGUCCAGAUUCACGAAGCCAGACUGUUCCUUACUGCGGUACGAUGAUCUUAGAUGUUGCUAUUUUAUGUUUUCAUGUUCAUAUUGUAGAUGACGUUGUGUUAGUGAAUUCGAUGCAGUCGUAUAUUGUGUGUUGCUAGCCUGUCUAAAUACAUGCGCAGUCAAAAUUAA